AUGAGAGACCUCGAUUUGUACUUGAUUCAAGAGUUUAUUCAAACGUGCCCCAACGCCAUUGACCUUAUAAUCAGCUGUUUUAAUUUGGAGGCAUAUUUGCUUGGUGGAGACUCUCUGAAUAGCUCGAUUAGAGCAGAUGCAUUGAUUCAGGCACGAUUCGGGCAACUGGACCAGCUAUUGUCUUUGUUUGUUAAUUUACUCAGUUCAGACAUUGCAGAGCAGCUUGACAUUGCUACCAUGGUCCGUAGGUCGUUGAUUCAUUUCCUGUUUUUGGCCCCGUCCUCAAAUUCUGAGCUUCUUAAAAGGUUGCCUGGAAAGUUUUCGGAACACGCCGAUGUCAAGGACAUACUAUUUUCUGUUUCGGUCCAACGAAACAAGAGAAGCUCUGUGGGCGACAAAAUGAUAUUCCAUCUGAAGCCAGAAAUUGCGUCGGAAAUCGAUAUUUUUUACACUUACUUUUCCUACACUGAGCGACAAUCCUGCUUUGACAUUUUGGCACAGGACAGAACAAAAUCCUCGCUGUUUCCAAAAGACCUGACCUUUAAUAGCAAUUCGCUUGAAUGUCUGAUCAGGUCUGCGUCCUUUUUUGCAUUUCUUUUGAAUUGUCUUUUGAGUCUCAAAGAGGAAAACAAUAGCGUUUUUAUUGUGCUGCAGAUUCUUUACAUCAUACACUGUGGCUUUCAAUUUGUCCAAAGGCAGCAGAAUGCCUCCUUAUGCCACGAGUUUGCUUCUUUUUUGAUCAACAAUUCGCCGACUGUUGAGGCUUGUGAAGACGGCCACUACACGUCCAUCUAUGAUGCGCUUAAAUCGUUGUCAUCGAUGGCUCCAUAUUCUUGCAUUCAACCUACUCUUAAAUUUGUGCUGUCCGAAAUUGAUGACCUUCAAGGAAAAAGCGACGUUGACGUUGAUGUAUCAGCAACCCCUAUCGAUCAAAAGAAAGAGCAGGCUGCGGAGCGAAGGCGCAUGCUUCUUGAAAGAAUGCAAAGCGCCCAAAACUCGUUUAUCCAAAAAUGCGAGGUUUCAAAUAGGGAAGAGGAGGCUCCUAUCGAGUAUGCGUCAAAUGACAAUGCAUACGAUUUUGAAGAUGCAUCUUCUUCUGACUCGUAUUUUGCCAAUGAAGAAGAUACUGAGGAGGAAAAUGCCCUAGAUGACAUUGACUUGUGGGAUGCAGAUACUGACGGCAUAGAAAUGGUGGAACAGCCAGACGAUGUUUAUGAAACUUUCUCGCCAUCAUCAAACAAUGACGUGGACAAGUAUAUUGAUCCCUUUAAGUUUUUACAGCAAUUUGAAUCUGCUAGACACAAAUUCCAGUCUUUAAACAAGCACAGGCAGGUUUAUUCUUUCGAUUUAAAGAAAGCAGCCAAUGUUGAGCAACAGGAGUUGUGUCAAGACUUGGGAAACUGUAAUAUUUGCCGUGAGCCACUUUGCCUCGCGGACACUUCAAAAAUAAUUGGAAUCAUUGCACGGCUAUUUAAGAAACGGUUUUUACGCGAAUAUUCGGAGAAACACACCCGAGGAUUUCCAAAUGACCAAUCUUUUGAUCUAUUAUUCCAGUCGUCAGAAAAGAAAUAUGAUUCUUGGGCCUACAGCAACUUUUCAUCGCUGUUUUCUUCGUGCAAACAUUUGUUCCACUAUUCAUGCAUGAAGACUCUUAGUGGUGGAAAACAAUUUCGUUGUCCUUUGUGCAGAAAAAAAGGGCAUAUUUUUCUUCCUUAUUUUGACCGAUCCUCCAUUAUCCCGGCUCCGCUUAAGCAGCGUCAACCGGGCCCAUCUUCAGAUGUGAGGGCGGGCCCCUCUUUUUUGAAAGAUAGCAUUUUCCUUUCUGCUGAUAGUCUUGACCAAGUGCAGUUUCCUUUCUUCAUGGCAACUGCUCAAAGUAUUUGUGAUCGUUGGAACCAUUAUUAUGGAAAAUAUUAUUUGCACCACUCGGAUCCCGACUCGCUGCCCCGUAUUCUCGAUAACGAAGGCCUUUCAAUUAUGCAACAAUACAUGGCCAGGUAUUUGGUCACUGAUGUCAGAGAGGGAAGGUCCAAAUUGUUAUUUAUAGAGCAGACUUGUAAUGUACUCUGUGAUAUUAUUGCAACGGUGGAAAUAUAUUUGAGAACACACCAGCUUGAUUUUUCGCAAUGGUCCGCACAACUUGAAACGCCUUCCAAUUUAAUGCUAGAAUUCUCUCCUUAUUUCUUUUCAGUAAUCGAAAUUUACAAGGUCUUCAUUACAGCCUCAACUCUGCUGCGGUCAAAUUGCGGUUCUUCUGAAUAUGAGUCUCUUAAGGAAUCGAUGUCGCAAGUCCUAAAUAUCUUCACAUCUUUUGACGAGCAUAGCUCUUUUCUCAAGGAUCUGCUUGCUUAUUCUAUUCUUUACUAUUCUCCUGAUUCGUUGGAAGAUUUAAAAAAGUUCAGGCAUUUGGUGGCUUUUCUAUUCGUAAAAUACUAUUUUGUUCAACACUCGUCCGUGAUUUCCCUGACCACCUUUUCAAGCUCGCUGAAAUAUUAUUUUUUUCUCGUUUAUUUAAGAUCGGCUUUGGUGCUCGAGUCGAUGUUUUUCGGGACCAAGCAGGAGAUCGAUAACUUUGGUUCCACUUUGGAGGAGUUCUCAUUUCUUUACACAAGUGUCUACAAAAUAGAUUUGCUUUGGAUUUCGAUUGAUUCUUUUCUUCUUUCUCUUGAUGGCAAUCGUAACGACUGUAUGCUCAACUUUGACACUGUGCAGGUUAUUAUUGACAUGAAAGAGUAUUUCUUACCGAUCUCCUCUGAUGCUAGUCUGGCCAUUCCGCCUCUUCCUUAUCCCUUCCGAUACUCCUUUGUUCCUUUUCCGCCAAAGUUUGACCAGCUUAUCAUUCAAUCGACCAGGCGCACAUGUACCAAGUGCAACACGGUGCCCUCUGAAACGGCAAUUUGUUUCAUUUGUGGAAAGUUGUGCUGCUUUAAAUCCACAUGCUGUUUCAUCUUUAGACAGAUGGGCGAGUGUAACUUUCACAUGAUGGGGUACCCCAUCUUUCCAUUUAGCCUCAUUUUUAGAUAUUGCUGCGGAUCAAUUGGUCUUUUUAUGUUGGUACAAAAAGCGGGCACUGUGUAUCUGUCUGAUGCGUCUGCAUACAUAAGAGAAUCUGCCUAUGUAGAUGCCUAUGGCGAGCCGGACCUUGGAUUCAAGUUUGAAGGCAUUGUUAAUUAA